AUGGUUAUUCUUAGUGAAGAGCAAUUGGAAUAUGCAGCUAAAAAUUCUCUUUGGAGACCUCAGCUUGAAAAGGAUGCUUGUGGAGUUGGUUUCUGUGCAUCGGUAAAAGGGAUUCAAACUCAUGAGAUUCUCAAGGCCGGGCGUGUAAUGCUAGAACGGAUGGCUCAUCGUGGAGCAUGUGUUGGUGACAACGACUCGGGCGAUGGAGCUGGUGUUAUGACAGCAAUUCCAGAUGACCUCUAUCGGGAAGACAUUAAAAGGACUAAUGAUAUUGACCUCCCGCCUCUUGGACAAUAUGCGACGGGAAUUCUCUUUCUUUCGCCCGAAUCAUACAAACAAGCAAAGGAGUCCUUUUCCGAUUUGGCGCGUGGUUGCAAACUACAAGUGCUCGCUUGGCGGAAAUUAAAAGUUAAUUCUGAUCACUUGGGAAGAGAAUCAAGAAAAACUGAACCUUUGAUGCGACAAGUUUUUGUAACAAGCGAUUUUGCUUCAAAUCAAAAACGUUUUCAUCAGGCUAUUUAUUUAUUACGAAAACAGACGACAAUUAGAAUGUUACAACAAGGAGUUAGUUGUUAUGUUGUUUCUCUUUCUGCUACCACAAUUGUUUAUAAGGGUCAAUUCACUUCUCAUCAGCUAUUCCUUUAUUAUGAUGAUUUACAAAAUCCUAAAUUUGUAACACAUUUGGCAAUGGUUCACUCAAGAUUUUCUACUAAUACAUUCCCAAGUUGGAGUAGGGCACAGCCAAAUAGAAUGUUGGCUCACAAUGGAGAAAUUAAUACACUUAGAGGUUCCUUUGAUAAUGUGUUAGAGUUUCUUGUACAUGCUGGCAAUCGUUCAUUACCUGAAGCGGCAAUGACAAUGGUUCCAGAGGCUUGGGAAAAGGACGAGGAUAUGAAUCACGAAAAAAGAAUUUUCUAUCGGUGGGCAGCUAUGCAAAUGGAGCCCUGGGAUGGACCAGCUCUUUUGUCAUUCAGCGAUGGACACUAUAUUGGCGCUAUUCUCGAUCGAAAUGGACUUAGACCAGCAAGAUAUUGCGUUACUGCUGAUGACCAUAUUUAUUUGGCUAGCGAAGUUGGUAUCAUUGAUCUGCCUGCUGAAUGUGUGGUUAAGAGGGUGGGUUUAUUUUUUUAUAAGAAUUUUAAAUUUAAUUUAAAAAAAUUUAAAAAGUACUUUUAUGACAAAAUAUAAAUUUAUUCUUUGUUAAGUAAGAAAUAAGGGUUCGUACAUGCUUAAUUAAUUCUGUAAAAAAUUGUAAUAUCAACAAUUAACCAAAUCGCAUUGUUCCGAGUGGUGAGGUGUUUCGACGUUUUCCAAAUCGCAUUGUCCCUAAAGGUGAUUCACCUACUAGUUGCGCGACAUUUUCAUCCAAGAGGGGAGCAUUCCUCUUACUAUCCAAAUAUUGAAGUAAAAGACCCAACUCUUCAUUGUGAGGACGGGGAUAAUCCUGGAAGGGACGUACCGAAAUCCAACGCUGUUGAAAUGGGUCAGUUAAUGUUUCAUGUAGAGCUCCAUUAGGUAGAAGUGAUGGGAUUGUUUCUUGUCUGGGUACGGCUGGAGAGCAGUUGGAGAUUACUAUUUUUGAUUU